AAACCCAAAUGAAAAAAUUAAGCGAGUCAAAAAUGACAGAAUCAAAAGUUAGAGGGGCGGAGGAAAACAGUAGAGUGGAAUUGGGGGUACCAAAAGUUCACUUAUCCAUUCAGAAAAAACCCCACCAUAACUCAUUUGGAACAUAACCAGAUACAAAGAACUCAAAUUUACGAGGAUAUGGCUUCUGUAAGCACUUCCACAUGGAACAUGUCUUGCCUGAAAUCUGCACUCCCUUCAAUUCAACCAAUUUUCAACUCUUGUUCACUUCGAGUCUCUUGUGGGUCUUCUCCACCUCGUCUCAGGAUUUGCAAAACCAAGUCUAGUACAAGAAUUGUUCAGUCCUUUGUGGGUCUUGCUCCUCUCCAUCCACUCUUGUCCCUUUCUUCCCAAGAUUCAAGAAGUUUUGAGCAUUCAUUCACCGUGAUCGAUAAUGGUGGCCGAGUUUUUGCCAUGAGACAUGGCAGGAAGGUGCCCAAACUGAAUAGACCUCCUGAUCAGCGUCGGGCACUUCUGAGAGGUCUGACAACUCAGCUCCUCAAGCAUGGGCGUAUAAAGACCACUAAAGCGAGGGCGAGGGCAGUGAGAAAAUAUGCUGACAAAAUGAUCACAUUGGCAAAGGAUGGCUCUCUUCACAAGAGAAGGCAAGCGCUCGGAUUCAUCUAUGAGAAGCAGAUAGUGCAUGCAUUGUUUGCUGAAGUCCCCGAAAGAUAUGGGGAGAGGAAUGGAGGAUACACUAGGAUAAUAAGAACUCUACCAAGGCGAGGGGACAAUGCACCUAUGGCGUACAUCGAGCUUGUUUAGCAACUGAAUAUUCAUUUUCCAGGUUCUUUUUUGUUGGUUCUGAAUUCUGAUGUGAUCUUAGAGAUUGUGUUAGUUCACCUAUUAUUCCAUCCCAAUUUCCUGUAUGUUGUUCAUUUUUAAUUUGCAAUAUUACUCUGGUUAUUUGGUUGGUCA